GUAGUAUUUCCGGACCUAAUUUGAAGUAAGUCAUGUUAACAUUUCAUUGGAAGUUUGAUAAAAUGUUAUUUUUAAUAUAUUUUGUAAUCUCUCUUUUUUAAAUUACAAAUGCCAUGCCAUGCAUAGUUAUGUUGGUCCCACUCUAUUAUUAUUGUCUGCUUAAUAAUUUACAGGUGACAUAGGCGGUUAGACAAAAGUCGCAAUGUCACUGGCAAUCACUUAAGUGAAUGUCACUCCUGAGAUAUUUCGAAAUUGGCGAAGUCAAGGGAUAUCUUAGGACUUUAUUGUUUGAGUAUCCUUCAUUCAAGUGAAAAUUUCGGUUAUCCAUAAUGCCUAUUGACGUUCCAUCUGUUUAAAUUAUCAUAAUGUAAAUCUUUUCGCAUCUGUCAUUCUUCAUAAUGCAGAAAUAGAAUAGGAUAAUAAAUAGUUCUAUAUUAUUUUCAUUUCUCACUCUCUGAAAGUGGGUCAUUGUUAUUCUAUGAAGUGUGCAGAUAGUGAUGCGUUUCUGCACUUGAGCAUUUUAUGUUCCAAAUACGUUUUAUUAUUUUAAUUUUUACGAUAAGUAAUUAAAUUUUGGUCUUAAAUGGAUUUGUGUCCAAUAAGAAAAAUCACAGUUGUAAUAUAAAUUAACAUCUUAAAGUAGACAACUACAUUACCCCCUUUUUCCUUUAAUUAACAAUUCCUACCGAUGUUUUGUCGCGCUAAGACAAAUACAAAUAGAAGACCAAAAAAAUAAACAAAUUGCCAUGACGGGAUAUAAAUUGUUUAGCAUUUGUCCCAUAAAGAAAGAAAAUAACAAGACAGCAUAAAGAUACAUGACAUUGAAAAUAGAAAACCCUCAUCAUUUAACCGCAGUUCAGCGCAGAGCGCCGCGGCGGGCGGGCGCGUGCCAGGCUGCGACUGUGCGACAAACGCGAUGCCGACAAUCGCACAAGUUCUCCCGACCUGAACGCAAACUGACGGCUCUCGAGAUUUUAUAUUCAUGUGACACCCUCUACUCGGCUUUAGGGCACAAUUCAUACGGCUGCAACAUUUAACUGCAGAGAAUAAAAGUUUUUACGCCAAUGCCGCUGGGAAAUUUUCUCGUUCCUUUUUUUGUAACUUCCAUGACGAAAAACAUUUCGAAAAUGUUUACUACGUAGUGGUGAUAAAUAGUUUUAAUGUCGUGUUUUUUUAACAUAAGACGCAAUGAACAGUGUCAGUUAAGUGAGGAUUCCGAAAUGCCUUGCUGCGGGUGCUGGUGGAAUGGCCGGCAGAGGCACCGGCCCCCUGACCCUCCUGAUACCUCAGGCAAUCCCAGGAACAAAUGCGCGCUGCAGCCCGGACACAGUCUGAUGGACUGGAUCCGACUGGGAAACUCCGGGAAAGACCUCACGGGUGUCGGCGGCCGUAUGCGGCCCGUGUCGCCGGACGAACUCGCCGCACAUAAUACGCGAAAUGACGCUUGGUUAGCUAUCCGAGGUCGCGUGUACAACAUUACACAUUAUUUGCCUUACCAUCCUGGAGGUCCAGAGGAAUUAAUGCGGGGAGCGGGGAUAGACGCCACUCAACUAUUUGAUAAAGUGCAUCCGUGGGUAAACUACGAUUCCCUUCUCGCAAAAUGCCUUGUGGGUCCGCUACGACUGGACAGGCCAGAUGCGGAAGAACUCUUCGGUCCAUCCACUCCCUCCCCCAAAUCAGAAAACCGUCUCAGGGAACCCUCCAAAGCGCAAGAGCUCGUCAGAAAGUCCAUGGAAAAUCUUGCCAAUUGUAUCACCCCUGUUAGAAAAAAGAUGUCGGCAAAGAGCGAAGAGAACAUUAAAGGCAGCCCGCCAAGCAAAAUAAUGCAGAGUUUAAUACAAUCCAGCGAUCUGCCAGUGUCAAUAAGUCGGAGAGCAGCUGCAAGCCCUGUCAAAACGUCGGAAAAAAGUGACAUCGCCCCGUCACCUCUCCGAUUUGAUUGGAUUCAAACGUCUACUAAACUGACGUUGUCGAUAUACACGGGGCCGCUGGCGAACCCGGGCGGCUGUGCGAGGAUCAUUGAAGGGAUUUUGUUUGUUGAAGUAGCCACUAACGGCUGGGUGCGAACACUCAAAUUAGUUCCCGAGGCGAAGUUGUUAGAAUCAUUACAGCUGCGAGUAUUCGCGGAAAGCGGGAAAAUUGAGGUGACAGCCCACAAAGCGGAGCCGGGCGUGUGGAAGACCUGCGGGGAAGCCAUGGCGGGCGCGGCAAGCCGGGUAUCGACGCCGCGCUCCGUGUCGUGUCGUGUGGCGCGCAUGUUGCGAGUGUCGCACGACACUGUGCUACUGUCGCUGGCGGCGCCCGCGCAGGCGCUGGUGGCGCCGCUAGGGCAUCAUGUGCGAGUGCAUAGGACUAUAUCUGAUGUAGAAUGCGUGAGAUCGUACACGCCUGUUGGAGAAGGCUGGGGGCCUGAUGCGGAACGGGACAGUGCCAUACACCUCGCUGUGAAGGGAUACGACACUGGCGCGUUGUCGCCCUACCUCACAGCGCUACAGCCUGGCGAUGAAGUUACGGUGUCUGGGCCUUACGGAAACUUCCAGCUACAUACGCUAAAAGGGGUGAAGGAGAUAUACUUCGUGGCGGCCGGAACGGGUAUCACGCCAAUGCUGGGUCUGCUGAAAUUCAUGCUGCCGAGAUCCAAUCCGAGAUGUGAACGCAUUCAUUUGUUAUUCUUUAACAAAACGGAGGAGGAUAUCCUGUUCCGGGAAAAUUUCGAAGAAAUCGCUAGGGAGGAUGACAGGUUCACCAUCACCCACGUAUUAUCAGACGCCGGUCCGUCGUGGUCCGGCCAUAAAGGCCGAGUGACUACCAACCUCCUCACACAAGUCAUAGGCAAAAGCUUUCUCAAGUGUAGAGACCAGUGCACGCACUUCGCCUGCGUCUGUGGUCCCACCGAGUUCACGCACACCGCUAUCGACUUACUGAAGAAACUCGACAUGAAAGAUUCAUGUAUACACGCGUUCAUGGGAUAAUGUAUCUAUGUAUAGAAUUUGUAAAUCAAAGGUGUCAAAUCGAGCUCAUGUAAAUACGACUGUCUGUGUAUUUAUUUAAGGUUCGUAAUGUAAUGUAAUUAUGAAGGUCCAUUUUAUUAUUUAAUUAUAAUGCACGGAUAACAUCUCAAUUUAAUUCUGAUUUAUUAAAAUUAUAAAUAUUUUACAAAUUUUAAGGUAACCUUUUAAGGCAAAGAUAAUUUUAAAUAGAGGUGUGUUGUCAAUGAAAACUUUGUAGCCAUGUGAAUUUACUGCCAUCUUUCGACAUAUAAUUAAAACAUUUAGACCGCCACUUUGAUCCUUAUUCUUUUACUGUUAUGUGUUCAAUUUGUUAAAUAUCAAAAAGUGGCGCCAUCUUCUUACCGAACACUACCUAAAGGUUAUGGCGUCAUCGCUCGAAACGAUGCUGCCAUACCAUUGGCCUUUGAUCUAUUAGAUGAAGCCACUUUUUGAUAUUUAACAAAUUCAACACAUAUCAGUAAAAGAACAGGGAUCAAAGUAAAAAGUUGUUUUAAAAGUUUUAAUCCGUGUCGAAAGAUGGCAGUAAAUUUACGUGGCUACAAAGUUUUCUUUGAGAAUACACCUCUAUUUCAAAUUAUCUUUGCCUAAGGUAAGGUAACUUAAUAACUUUAUAUUUGAGAACAGACACGCUGGUUGAGUUAGAAAUUUUAUACUUACAGUACCUACAUUUUAGAAAGGUAUAAUUUUUUUAAUAUUAAGGUAAUAGGUAUAUGCGUUGCGCUGUAAUGGUUACAAAUUUGUCAGUAGUUAAAUACUUCACUUAUCCAAAAACAUUCAACAAGCAGAUGUUAUAAUAAGAGAAAUUCCAAUAAAACUAUGCACGAAAUGUAAAAUAGAAUUUCACUAUAAAAGUAGUGAUAGAAACUGAAAUUGUAAUUACAUGUAUGUCCAGUAUUCAAACAGCAAUACAAGUAUUUUAAGAGAAAUAUCAUAUUUAAAAAGUGAUCUAAAAGUAGAUAAGCUAUUUAAUUAUACAUAUGUAUAUUUUUCAGCAAAAUAAUGUGUGUAAUAUAGACACCUGAAAAGUUUUGUAUUUAGAGGUAUAAUUUUUUCUCUUUCCACGUAGGUAAGUAACUUUUUUUAAGCUUUCAUCCCUUGAUUGAAAAAAACAUUCUCAAACGUGUUGACCUACUACCUAUUGUAGCGAGGGUAGGGUAGUUAAAGCCACGUGGUUUAUUUACUGCAAAAACCAUUUUGUAAUUCGAGUCGAAAAAAUAAUUAAAGUUAAUAUUCGUAUUUCUUAGCCUUAGCUUAGAGGUCCCAAACGGCCCGGCCCGGCACUGUCGUAGGUGAAAAGUUUUAUUAUUUAUUUUACAGUACAUAUGGUGCUACUUUACCGCACUAGUGCGAAAAUUAGCAUAUUACGUUACUGUGUCGAACAUUUAAAGGGCAAUAUGUACUGUAAAACGUUGUACGAUACAUGUGCGAAUAGGUAAUUCGCAACUCGUGUCGAUUUAAAACACUCCCUUCGGUCGUGUUUUAAUUUAUCGCCACUCAUUUCGAAUUUCCUAUUUUUCGCACUUGUAUCGUAAUGUACUAUAAUUGAUUAUUAGCAGUACUUACAAAUAACUUUAAAUACAUACCUAUAUUAUAUUUCUCUACCGAUAAGUUUAUUAAUUUUACGACAACAUGGCCAAAACACCAAUACUACAAAAAGUUGGAUUAGUUUGUAAAUCAAAUGUGAUAAAAGUGAAAUGCUAUGUAGAUAAAAAUUUCUUGGCCAGAUCAGUCAAGUAUCUAAGUGUUAUAGGAUAAUUUCUAGAAUAAAAUAUAUGUAUUAAAAGACAAGAACUGCAGGCGAUUUUCGAGUCAGAUGUUAAAGAUAUAAGAUUAUUUAAGUUGUUAAAGAAAAGACAAUUUAAGAUCGGUAAUACGUACAAUGUACAAUUUAGUACUCUCGCGACAUUGAAAUAAGGUCGAAAACAGUUAUUCAUUUUGCAAAACUGCCAACUCUUGUUUGGAGUGAAGGCUUUAUAUUAAAAUCCGAGCCAGCAAAGGAUUCUAAGAUAACAAAAAUGCGUUUAACCCUUGGACCGCCAAAGACGUCAACUAGCGCCAGCCCAAUAUCAACUUUCGUGAAUUCCGACAAUAGGAGUGGCGUUCAAAGGGUUACCACACCAGCUCUAAUGAAAGCGAAAAUUUCGAAUAAUAAGAGUGGCUUAAUCCGAACUGGUGACCGUACUUAACGUAACGAUAACUUCUCGUAACGAUCGCCAUGUUAUUUCGUGCCAACUUUGAGCUUAAAUUCUUGACAUAGUUGUAUACUCGUAAACGGUGAUUGGCACGGACGGUGCCAUACCGAAGGUUUCCGAGUAAAAAUCUCAUUGAAAAAGUUAUUGUGAAUAUCACUCAAUAGAAUUACUUUUUCUAACAAAAUCGCUGCAUUUGAGUCUUGCAUGUCCAUUCAUGUCCAUGUUAAGAUUUUUGUUCGGAAUCCUGCGGUGUGGCACCGUCCGUGCCCAUCACUGUUUAUAAAUAAAUGCUCCCCUAUCAACGAUACUUGGAGAUGUGUAAACAUUAUACACUUAGUCGCUUAGAUCAACAAGAACAAGUUACACGGUAGGGGUAAUAUUUGUAUAAGAAAAUGACUUGUCCUUGACUACUAAAUAAGCAGACGGUGAUUUGAAGACGUCAAUGUAUGAAGGCGUUAGGGCACGUACACAUUGGGCUUAAGCUCUGGUUUCUUAGGAUAGCGAUACUGUCAUAUAGCGGCCGUAAUACAGCGGUGAAAUGACGUCACUAGAACGUUGUCUAUGUAAACGCGGUGAUCAAGGCUCGGAACCGAUUUAUAAAACACCGGUAAGUACCGGUUUAUUUCGGUUUUCCUCCGAACUUUAAUAAGAACGCGAACGUUUUAAGAACUUUAUUGUAACCUACAAAAACCGGUUUAUUCGAUGUGCGACGAAACGGCCGGCCUGGUGGUGUGCUAAGUAAACAUAGACACCCACAUAGGAAAAAACGGUUUUAAUUGUUUAAACCGGUUAAUUUGACAAGAACUGUUCUCAUAAAAACCGGUUUAAAAAUAACGGUUCUUGGAGCGAAACCGAAAUUAAAAGGUUUUGCGCUAAGUACAUGAUAACGGUUUGGAAAUUAAAACUAGUUUCCGAGGCUUGGCGGUGAUUAAAGGAACAUUUUUGUGACUAGCUGGCACGCAGUGACGUAGUAUUUGUAUAUUGUGAUUGUAAAAUUGUACCUACCUAAUGCUCGUGCGUCGAAAUCUAUUUGUAGAUAUGUAUAUAGAUGGUGACACCGUUCGAUGUUUACUAGCUUGUCAGCCGACUCGGUUGCUUUAAGACUAGCUUGUUGUAAAUACCUGGGGGCCUAACCAAGAUGGCAAUUUUUAAGAUUUCUGCAAAUGAUUGGUAUCUUGGCUAGGCCCCUGACGGUAAACUGUGACAUCAUGCGCCGCAAGUCUAAUGUAAACUUGCCAUUUUAAUAAUUAUUUCGGGAAACUGCUCUUCAUACCUAAAUUCGUAUUUUUACAAAUUGUAUUAUCAUUCUAAAACCAGCAGAAGAGUUCUGAAAAAUCUUAUUCCUAUAUUUUUCAAUGUAACCUUCAAAUUUUAACUGAUAUAUUUCAGUACAUGUAAACGUGUAUUAAAACUACAACACCACGGUAUUACAACAUAUCAUAUUUGGAUUAAUUUAACGGUAUUUUGUAUACCAUAGAACCGCUUCUUUUUGUGAGGUAUGUGUAGCAAUAGCAAACGAUAGUUUCUGUAGUGUGAUAACAUUGAAUAAGAAAUAUACUAAUAGGCGAAAACACCACUGGGCAGGACACCAUAAAACCAAUUUUACAUAUUUUUAGAGUGGUCCGAUACUAGCAUAUUUCAGUCCAUUUUAACGUAUAUAUAGGUACAAAGAAUUCUAAAUAGAUAGAAGUUUAAUGUCUUUAACGGGUGUAAUUCAAACUCGACCAACUUCUUUCGUCGUCACACGUGUAUAUCCCAUAUAAAAAAUUCUGAACAAACUGGAAUACAUAAUAUCUUACCAAAGCAUAUUAUGUCGCGUGUGCAGUGUGAGCGACAUUCGUAACUGCAUAUAUUGUAAUUUAUAGAGGGAAAAUGUGAAUAAUUGUAAUUAUUAAAGUGCCUACAUUCCAGGUGUAAUGUUUUCGUUAUAGUUUUAUGGUGUGUUGAUAAUUUAACUAUUUUUCAAUAAAUGACGCGUCGUCAAUA